AAAUUGUCUGAUCUUGAAUGAAGCUAAGAACAAGAAGGCCAAUUGUGUCGAUAAUACCGAAGUCUUGCACCCAAUUUGUUUCCCUCUACCAAAUACUCUUUCUCUCUUGGUGGGUUUUCUGUGUGUUGUUAAGUUGAAGAAAACCAUGAGUGCUGUUUCCAGCUCCUUCGUUUCACUUCAGAAUUCCAAGACCCACUUCUUGACUGGUUCGUCUUCGAAGCUGGUGAACCAUUGUAUUCUGAAUGUUGCGCCCAGUAAGGUUACAGCAAACAAAAAGACUCUUGUUGUGCGAGCAGAUAGUGGGAAAAGUACUGCAGGUAUCUUCGUUGGUGGAUUUGUGUUGGGGGGCAUAAUUGUGGGAGCAUUAGGCUGCGUCUAUGCGCCUCAGAUAAGUAAGGCACUUGCAGUAGCCGGAGCUGAUAGAAAAGAUUUGAUGAGGAAGCUGCCAAAAUUCAUAUAUGAUGAAGAGAAAGCUCUUGAGAAAACUCGCAAAAUACUGGCCGAGAAGAUUGCACAGCUGAACUCUGCCAUUGAUGAUGUUUCUGCCCAGCUGCAUGCAGAUGAUGCCCCAAAUGGAGUUGCAGUGUCUUCAGAUGAAGUUGAAGCUUCCAUAUGAUAUGAUAGUGGGACUUGUUACAUGUGUUUGCCAUCGAGAAAAUAAUGUUUAAAAUCUUCCUCUCGUUUGUUGACCUUGUUUAUGUACAUGAUUGAAUGCAUAAAAGACAGCAGCUUCAGUAAUUUGAACACCAUAACAGUUUCUGGU